ACAAUCAGAGCUUAAGGUCAUUCUGGGGAUUAAGAAUAACUUUUGAAGAAGCUUCUACUAAAACAGGCAUUCCCACCAUAACUUUUCAUAUCUGACAAAGCAAACAAAGAAAGCCUAUAAGAGUUUUAAUACCAAGAAUUCAUUUGCACUGGACAAAACAUCUCCAAUCCUUAGUCACCAUGAUUUCUCCAACAGAUGUCUAUCAUGUUGUUGCAGCCACUAUCCCUUUGUAUGUUGCUAUGAUAUUAGCCUACAUCUCUGUCAAAUGGUGGCAGUUCUUCACACCAGAUCAAUGUUCUGGCAUAAAUAAGUUUGUUGCCAAAUUCUCAAUCCCUCUUUUGUCUUUCCAAGUUAUCUCUGCCAAUAACCCUUACAAAAUGAACCUAAAACUCAUUCUCUCGGACUUCCUCCAAAAACUGUUUGCUUUUGUAGCAUUGACAGCAAUCACUAGGAUCAGCUCCAGAGGAGGUUUGAAUUGGACCAUAACUGGUCUAUCUCUUUCCACUCUGCCUAACACAUUAAUCCUUGGAAUUCCUCUGUUGAAGGCCAUGUAUGGGGAAGAAGCUGCAGGGAACCUUGCCCAGAUAGUUGUCUUACAAAGCAUCAUUUGGUACAAUAUACUACUGUUUCUGUUUGAGUUCAAUGCCGUCAAGUCAGCCUCCGUCUCACCGUCAUCAGAAACAACAGAGGAUAUGGAGGCCCCUCAUGAAGCACAAUCGAAAGAGGAAGUGGAGGAAGCAAGAACCAGAACUCCACGAAAAAUCAAAACAAUGCUUAUUCUCUUAACAGUUGGGAGGAAGCUAAUGAGUAAUCCCAAUACCCAUGCAACUGUGAUAGGUCUUAUUUGGGCAGUUAUACGCUUUAGAUGGAAUAUUAAACUACCAGAAAUUGCUAACCAAUCAAUAAUAAUAUUGUCAAAUGGAGGACUUGGUAUGGCUAUGUUCAGCUUAGGUCUUUUCAUGGCAUCAAGGACUCGGAUAAUAGCAUGUGGAACCCGGCUGGCAAUUUUAGCUAUGGCAAUGAAGUUCAUUAUUGGGCCUGCCUUAAUGGCAGGGGCUUCCUACGCCGUUGGACUAAGCGGAACUAUUCUCAGAGUGGCAAUAGUUCAGGCAGCUCUGCCUCAAGGAAUUGUUCCUUUUGUCUUUUCCAAAGAGUAUAAUAUACAUCCAGACAUUUUAAGCACAGGGGUAAUUUUUGGGCUGCUCAUUGCCUUGCCCAUCGCACUGACCUACUACUGCUUGUUAGCAUUAUAAAAAAAAGGCAAUUGCAGUAAGUAACAUAUAAUACCAUAACCAGAAAUUUCUGCAACAUUAUACAAGGGGUCACAUUCAAUUUAUUCAUAUUUUCCUACAUAGAUAUAUGUAAUAUGACUGAUAUUGACAUGCUCCAUUGAACACAUAGAGAUGUGUAUUUUAAGUUUAAAUAUUAGGUGGUUUAAUGCCAGAAAAUUGUGAAAAAAAAUUCACAUUGACAUGUAUGAUUCAAAUUUUAUCACUAAAUACUGUUUAGAGAGGAAAAAUGUAAACAGAUGAUGAGAAAUAUGGAAGAAUCUGAAGGUGGGCAAGUGUCCAGAGCAUUAUGCUCCACAAAGUUUCCCUGCAUGCCAAAAGGUUUCCCUGCAUGCCAAGUGUUCGACGAAUGGUGCUUGGGAGGUUGCCACACAGGUAGAUGGGCUCCACGUGUAGAACACAAAGAAUGCUGCAGUGAGAAACUCUAUCAAUCAAAGAAUGUAUGCUAUUACAAACAAUUUGUAACUUCAAUUUUUAUAACCAACCAAUUGGAUAUUGGGAGUAGUUAA